CUUUCUCUCUUCACUCUUUCCACUUCCCCUCGCCAUUAAAGUCCUCUCUCUUUCUUUCUCUCCUCAGAAACUCAGAAGAGCAAAGAGAGAAAGAAGAGCAAGAAAGAAUCAAAUCCCACACAAUGGCACUCUCCUCCGCCGUGACACCUCUCCUUCUCGCCGUCCUUCUAUCUCUCUCCACCGUCUCAGUACUCAGCGCAUCUCACCACCACGUGGCGGCGCCGGCUCCUUCUGUAGACUGCUCGACUCUCAUACUCAACAUGGCUGACUGUUUAUCAUUUGUCUCGAGCGGAGGCACGGUGGCGAAACCGGAAGGUACGUGUUGCUCAGGGCUUAAGACGGUGCUCAAGACUGACGCUGAGUGUCUCUGUGAAGCGUUUAAGAGCAGUGCCUCUCUUGGAGUUACUUUGAACAUCACUAAGGCUUCUACUCUUCCUGCCGCAUGCAAGCUUCACGCUCCUUCCAUUGCUAAUUGUGGCUUAUCUGUUGCUCCUACUGCUGCUCCAGGUCUUGCUCCAGGAGCUGCUGCUGCUGCUGGACCGGACUCAGCAGGAGGUAUACUAGCUCCAAACCCGUCUCAAGGGAACGAUGGAUCCACCUUGAUCCCUAUCUCGAUCACAGCUCUAUUCAGCGCCGUAUUGUUCGUAUUGUUCUCCUCUAGUAUGUAAAAAAACCUGAGCCAUUUUCACCAGUUAGAUUUGCCUUCAUGAAGUUGGUUUUAGGGUCUCUUUAGAGCUUAAUUAAAACUAUGUGUGUGUUUUUGAGUGUUCUGUUUUGGGACCAUAUCGGUUUCUCUGUUACUCUUUAGUUUAUGUUAUUACUUUGCCUCCCACAUUGGUCCAAAUUUUUAUUUCAGCUAUCGGUUAUUAUUA